UCCCGGCCAAAUUGUUCGUGACAGAUACUCCAUUGUCGCUCUGAAAACUACGAACUUUCCCCCAAGAAAGCACUGAGGAAGACCCGAGAUCAAGUGGGUCGAUCGGUUUUCUCCUGUCGGGGAGCUUUCCGAUCGAGGGCUCUGCGAGUCUUGAUCGCCGGCGGCGAUGGUGAGCGCGAGGUUGAAGGAGCGGGAGAGCGCGCGGGGUGGUUCCGCGGCGAUGGGCUCCUCCGACAGGCCGAAGCAGCUCCACAAUUUCUCCCUCCCGUGCCUCAGGUGGAGCAACCAGAAGCACCUGCGGUGCGUCAAAGUGGGUAGCCCCAGUCCGAGCCCGAGCCCGAGCGUCCCGGACGACGGCGGCAGGAGCGGGGGCGGCGGCGGCGGAGGCGUUGGCGUUCGAUCCCUCAAGUUCGCGAUCAGGCGGAUCGAGGAGGGCACGGAGGAGGCGCGGGAGGUGGAUAGGCCCAUGGCGGUCGUCUUCGGGCCGCAGAACGGAGGAGGCGGGAGCGGCGCCAACGUCGACGGCGACCGCGACGAUGGGAUGGGAGGGCGGAGGGAGAAGAGGAGGGCGGGCGAUGAGCUCUGGGGAGAGAGGGAGGAGGAUUCCGGAGUUCCGGCCGAGAAUAAGGAAGGGCCGGAGCAGGAACCAGGUGCUGUGGCUGCGGCGCAGGCGGCCGUGCCGUGGAAUCUGAGGACGAGGAGGCCCGGUUUCAAGGUUCUGGCCGCCCUGAAUAUAGGAGCGAAAUACGGUGAUUCUCCGUCGAGGAGCGAGGGCGUUGAUGUUGGCGGUAGUGGUGGCGGCGCCGGCGGCAGCAAUGGUGGGAAGAACGAGGAGAGAGAGAAGUUCGCGGUGCCGCUCAAGAGGAAGGAAAUCGAGAAGGAUUUCCUGGAGAUGACCGGACAUCGGCCCUCGCGGAGACCGAAGAAGAGAAACAGGACAGUGCAGAAGAAUUUGGAUGCUGUCUUUCCUGGAUUGUGGUUGACGGAAGUUACAGCUGACGCCUACAAAGUUGAAGAGGUUCCUGAAUAUCCAAAGAGAUAGCAAAGGGGGAGUGGGCACCUGUAAUGGAACUCCAAAUGGCUUUCUUUUGGCUCGCUGGACAUUGGUUAGAUGGUGGAACCGUGGAAGAGUCCUUUUCCACCUUGCUUGUCACUGACGAUUAGUUGCUUGGAAUUGCUGAUUUAGGCUGAUAGAUUAGUUUUAUAUCGAAUAUCUCUCUCGAUCUCAAUAAAGCCUCUUUUACAUAAAGGUGGGCGAUUGCCCUCAACUGUGAGGGUGCUGUGAAUAAUUGAGUAUUGGAUGUUUCGUUGUGGUUUUUGAUCAUUGCACAUGUUUAUCAGCAACAUUUGAUGGGAUUUUGAUUUAGCUGAUGACCGUAAGGCAUUCCAGCAUUAUUUGGAGCUCCAUAGUUGAGCAAACAAUUUACUUCCAUUUUUUUCUCGCUGUUUUA